GGUCAUUCAGUAAAGUUUAGUUUUGGAAGAUUUAGUGAACUCUCUCAGUGGUCAUUGGAAGGCUUAGAGCAGCAGCCUUUCUGGUUCCUUGUCACCAGAAUGUGUUCAUUUUCCCUUUCUCCAUUUCUACCUAACCAGAAUUGUUUGAGGAGAAGAGAUGCUGGUUUGUUGAAUCAGUUGCAAGAACUUGACAAGCAGAUAAGUGACCUGAGACUCGAUGUAGAAAAGACAUCUGAAGAGCACCUGGAGACAGACAGCCGGCCCAGCUCAGGGUUUUAUGAGCUGAGUGAUGGGGCUUCAGGAUCCCUUUCCAAUUCCUCUAACUCGGUCUUCAGUGAGUGUUUAUCCAGUUGUCAUUCCAGCACCUGCUUUUGCAGCCCCUUGGAGGCAACCUUGACUAUCUCAGAUAGUUGCCCCAAAUCUGCAGAUGUGAAUCCCAAGUACCAGUGUGAUCUGGUGUCUAAAAACGGGAAUGACGUCUAUCGCUAUCCCAGCCCACUUCAUGCUGUGGCCGUGCAGAGCCCAAUGUUCCUCCUCUGCCUGACAGGCAGCCCGCUGAGGGAAGAGGAGAGGCUGGGCAACCCCACCAAUGACAUUUGUGUCGGAUCUGAGCUGGACGCCGUCAAGACGGAGGCGUCCUUACCGUCUCCAAGCAGGGUGUGGCCUGCUCCCCACCCCGCAUCCAGCAAGAAAAUGGACGGCUACAUUCUGAGCUUGGUCCAGAAAAAAACACACCCUGUAAGGACCAACAAGCCAAGAACCAGUGUGAACGCGGACCCCACGAAGGGGCUUCUGAGGAAUGGGAGCGUUUGUGUCCGAGUGACUGGGGGCGUCUCCCAGGGCAAUCCUGGGAACCUUAAGAAUUCCAAACAGGCGCCUCUGCCCACCAGCGGAGUCCCCUCUUUGGACCCUGGGACAUUCUCCCCACCGAAGCAGUGGUCAAAAGAAUCGAAGGCAGAGCAACUGGAAAGCAAGAGGGUGCCCUUGCCAGAGGGCUGCUCGCCCGGUGCCGCCCCUGAACUUCAAAGCAAGCAUCCCCCCAAAAAUGCCAAGCUAGCCUCCCAGAGCACACCCCGGGGCCCCGCCACUGUGACUGGGGAGGCCCCCAAAGAAAGCAGCCACAUCCCAGACCUUGUGCCCUACGCCAGCCCCUACGCCUACGUGGCCAGCGACUCCGAGUACUCGGCCGAGUGCGAGUCCCUCUUCCACUCCACCGUGGUGGACACCAGCGAGGACGAGCAGAGCAACUACACCACCAACUGCUUCGGGGACAGCGAGUCCAGCGUGAGCGAGGGCGAGUUCGCGGGCGAGAGCACCAGCACCAGCGACUCGGAGGAGAGCGGGGGCCUCAUCUGGUCCCAGUUCGUACAGACGCUCCCCAUUCAGGCGGUCACGGCCCCAGACCUGCACAGCAACCCCACCAAGACCUUUGUCAAAAUUAAGGCCUCCCAUAACCUCAAGAAGAAAAUUCUCCGUUUCCGGUCCGGCUCUUUGAAGCUGAUGACGACCGUGUGAGUGGAUCUUGUCGCGGGGGGGAAGGAAAGGUGGCGUCUUAGCAGUGUUGUUGUGUAAUAAUUUCAUGGAAUGUUUUCCCCUCUGUGAAGAUGAAACCGAAGUAAAUUAAUGUCUCUGCUUCAUUAUGUACGGACACUAGUGCCUUUAAUGGAAGGUGAAGAAUGUCUUGCUGGUUAGAAGUGAAUAUUGAGGUUUUCAGUGGUGGUGAAUAAUGCAUACGUUUUGUGGUAUCAGCUGAUUUCUCUUUUAAAUUUCCUGAGCACCUGUGAUGGUUUCAUUGGGGUGAGACCCAUUGAUCUGAAGGUCAGGUAGAUGGAAUUCUAGGACAUACAUUGGCUUCUUGGUUCUUUAGGGCAGUGUCUCCAGGAGGGCUUUCCUGUCGAGGGGCAUCACAUAAUUGUGUGAAGUAGGUAUGAGGGAGCGUGUUUGUUGUCUGUAAUUUCUUAUACAGCCUACAUUUCUCAGACAGUCAUACACCCCUAUACACCCCUAUUCUAUCGUCUCAGAACUGUGUGGUUUACUGGACUCAGAACUUGAAGACCAGACCCUAAAUCCAGAGAGCUAGUGACUUGGAUGGAGAGGCUGGUAAUACCCUUGAAGGGAUUCACUAAACUUGUGCUACACUUGGUGCCUAGGCCCUGGUUAGGGUAAGCAUUUUUAGGGCUGUUUAUCCAACAUUUUGAUGCCUUUUUCCUCCCUAAUUUGCAGCAAAUCCAGCCAUUCCUCCCUUGGAGGACUUGCCUUUGGGAUAAAGUUUUGGUCCGUGGGUACAGAGAAAUCACUCCUAAUGAAAUAACCUUGGGCGUGACUCCAAGCCCACAAUUGGUCACUGAGCACUGUGCCACCUCCGCCUUGGCCCACACGUGUUAGUGCAAUCCAGUCCAGAUUGGACCACUGACCCUGUCUGGAAGAAGGGCUUUUUUUAAAAAGAAGAAUUGUUUUUGGUAAACAGUAUUGUGUAAAAUUGCUUUUUUUUAUACCGAUACAAGCAUGUUUUGUGCAUGAGUAGUAUUUGUUUUGGUAUUCCUGUUGAUGUUAAAUUACUGUGUGAUAUAAACAGUAUGUGUUUUUAUAUAUCAUUGUGUAAAUUUAAUAUAACAUUAUAUGCUGUAAUAAAUGACUUGUUUUACUGCUGUUAAGUUUGUUAUUUGGGCAUAAAACCAGAUGUUUACACCUA